AUGAGCCUCUCCUACAAGCAGCGACUUGCCAAGUGGCUUGGACACGACCCGGUUAUCACUGAAGCAGCUUCCACCGUCGAUUACAUCAAGGAUCACUCGCGAGACCUCCCCUCCGCUUCCGUCGAUUAUGUCAAGCGACUGCUGCCCAUCCACCGAUGGAUCUUGAACUACAACCUGCGGUGGGCCGUUGGCGACCUCAUCGCCGGCUUUACGGUCGGCAUGGUCGUCGUGCCUCAGUCCAUGAGUUACGCCAAGAUCGCGACGCUGAGCCCCGAGUUCGGGCUGUACUCGUCCUUCGUCGGCGUCAUGAUCUACGCCCUGUUUGCGACGAGUAAGGACGUGACGAUCGGACCCGUCGCCGUUAUGUCCCUUCAAGUCUCAAAGGUCAUCAAGCACGUCCAGGCGAAGCCCGACGGUGCCAACAUCCCCGCCAACGUCAUCGCCACCGCCCUCGCUCUCAUCUGCGGCAUCAUCGUUACCGGGCUAGGCCUCCUCCGUCUCGGCUGGAUUGUCGAGUUCAUCUCUGCACCCGCCAUCAGCGGCUUCAUGACCGGCAGCGCCAUCUCCAUCGCCGCCGGCCAGGUACCGGGUCUCAUGGGCUACUCGAAGAAGUUCGACACGCGCGCCGAGACCUACAAGGUGAUCAUCAACUCCUUCAAGCACCUCCCCGACACGACUCGCGACGCCGCAUUCGGUCUCGUCGGCCUCGCCUUCCUCUACAUCACCCGCUUCAUCCUCAACCGCGUCGAGCGGAACGCCAAGAGCCCCGGCGUCCGUCGCGCCGCCUUCUUCGCCAACACCUUCCGCACGGCCUUCCUCGUCAUCUUCGAGACGGUCUUUGCGUGGGUGUAUUUACGCCACAAGAACCCGAAGAAGUACCCCAUCUCGAUCCUCGGCAAAGUUCCGUCCGGCUUCAAGCACAUGGGUGUCCCCGACUUCAACAGCAAGCUGCUGAGGCUCCUGGCCAGCGAGAUCCCCGUGUCGACCAUUCUCGUCUUCCUCGAGCACAUCGCCAUCUCGAAGUCCUUCGGUCGGGUCAACAACUACAAGAUCGACCCGAACCAGGAGCUUGUUGCAAUCGGCGUCAACAACAUCUUCAGCUCAUUCUUCGGCGCUUACCCUUCGACCGGUUCCUUCUCGCGCACGGCCAUCAAAUCGAGAGCAGGCGUCCGAACUCCAAUCGCGGGCUGGGUUACCGGCGUCGUCGUCGUCGUCGCGCUCUACGGCUUGACGCCCGCCUUCUACUGGAUCCCGAAUGCCGGCCUCUCUGCCGUCAUCAUCGAAGCCGUCGGCGGCCUAAUCGCCUCGCCGCAGCAGUCGUACCGGUACUGGCUCGUCUCGCCCCUGGAGUUCGUGAUCUUUAUCGCGGCCGUGUUCAUUACAAUUUUCUCGUCCAUGGAGAACGGCAUCUACUUCUCCAUCGCCGCCUCCGCCGCCCUCCUCCUCGUCCGCAUCGCCAAGCCCCGAGGCAAGAUCUUGGGUCGCGUCCGCGUCCGCAACGAUGACUCGGCUGGGUCGACCUCGACUCGCGACGUCUACCUCCCUCUCCACCCCGAUGGCGUGCGCAACCCCGACGUCAUCGUCGAGCCGCCUCCUGCAGGUGUCAUCGUCUUCCGCAUGGAGGAGAGCUUCCUUUACAUCAACUCGGCAAACUACACCGACCAGGUCGUCGACUAUGCGCACCAGUCUACCCGCAACGGACAAGACUACUCGCUUGUUCCGCAGGGCGACAGGCCGUGGGCCGAUCCCGGACCUAAUCGCUUCCAGAUGAAGGGCCCGCGCGCCAAGCUGGAGCAGGCAAAGUCGGAGGCGAACGCGGCGAAGCCUCUGCUCAAGGCGGUCGUCUUCGACUUUGCGGGCGUCUCGGCUGUCGACACGACGUCGGUACAGGCGCUCGUCGACUUGCACAAGGUCCUGUCGCGCUACGCCGGCCAGCCAGUCACCUUCCACUUCGCCACGAUUCUCUCUCCCUGGAUCAAGCGCGCGCUUCUCGCCGGUGGUUUCGGUCGGGACGUCGAUGCGACUGGUCCGCAGAUCGAGGUUGGCGACGUCGUCCAGCAGCAGGAGAACGCGGACCAGUUCUCCCAGAUCCAGCGACCGCCCCUCUCGCGCGACGUCUCGGCGCACGACAUCAAGGAGGUCGACGUCGAGCAGGGUGGCACCCCUCCGCGUAGCCCCAGCCUUGACGAGAAGGUGCCGUACGCCGAGUCGGCCGCCGGAACGAUCGUCGACUCGAGCCUCGCGUACUUCCACCUCGACCUUCCCUCCGCCGUCGCUGCCGCCGCCGCGACCAAGGCCUAA